AUGGCAGCUCGAGAAGGCUUCAGCUUCCCGUCCUUCCAUGGCAGCUCCUCCCCAAUCACUGAAUCGCCACCUCUCUGGUGCCUCUCUUCUUCUCCAAAAUCAAUUGACCACCAUGGCUAUGGGAAUAUUGAUUGUUCUGAAGCAGAGAAAAGAAGUUACGGAGGUCAUAGGAAGGUAAAUUCUUGCAAUUUGGAUGUCAGAAGGGCUCGUGAGAGAGUAAUUGAUAGCGAUGAGGAAGAAGAUGAGAAGAUGGAUGUGCUGUGGGAGGAUUUCAACGAAGAACUGCUGAACAAUUUGAGUUCAAGAUUCGGGUCUGGGAGGGUGCCGGAACUUGAAUACUUGAAGUCGGAGGAACCAAAGGCACUGCUAUCGGCGAGAAUGGCGAGCGUGGUAGUGAUAAUGAAGGUGCUGAAGAAGCUUCUGUUUCUGCAUAGCUUUCGGAGGAAGCCCAAAGCUCGGACAUGGUGA